GUUUUAAGUAAAGUGAAUAUCCAUUCGCAGGAAAUUCAGCCUGGAUGACCUCUUGACUGUGAUCAUGAUCUACUGGAGCUCAGCAUCCAUUGUGUCGUCCAUGCGCUUCUACAAGGAGAAUCUGAAAUCCGGUGGAAAAAGAAUUGAUGCAAAAGUUGGGAUUUAUGUGCCGACUGGAGUCGCUGCCUUUCCAAAUGAGGUGACUCAUAUCCCUAAAUCCUGGGCGGAGAUUCGCUUCCGAGACAUCAGGUCCUACACCUUCAUGACCAGCGGCGGUCACUUUGCGGCCAUGGAGGAGCCGCAGCUGCUCGCCAAUGAUGUUUAUCAGUUUGUUCAGAAGGUGGAGAAGUGAGGAGUCACUUUGGUGCAACUGCUCUUCGAAUGUGCACUUCAGCUGGGUGGUAGGACCACAUGUUCAUGACAUAUAUUUUUAAUCAUAUCGGUUUUCUGGUAUUUUUAUAUAUAUAUUUUUUUUAUGCAGGCGCGUUCUUGCACAGUAAUUCCUCAGUUUCAAACAGCACAUUAUCAUCAUGGCCGAAUCAUGUUAUAACCAUGACAAAAGUCAUCUACAUUUACUGUGCUUGUUUUAAAAAUGCUGACAUAUACAUAGAUCUUCCGUUUGCUGACAUUAAAAAUGCUUUAUUUGUGAUUAAUAUUGUGAAUAAAUUCUUGUUUUUCUUGUAUAAGCUUAAUUUUCAUGGUCAACAUUCAGACCGUGUGACUCACAUCUCGACCAGUAAGGAGUCACCUCACUGCACAUCACAUUCCUGUAAUCCUGUUUCACAACAGCCUCUUGUGUAAUUCAGUUUGUUUAUUAAAAACAUUGAUGCA